GAGAGAUUUUAAAUGUUUGUUUACAUAUUGUAACCUCUUGUUUUAUAUCUAAGUUACCAUGAACUCUUUUUCCUUGACAGGCCUGUUUCCCUCAGGGGUAUGUAAGCACAAAGAACUUUGUCUUGGUGCCCAACUGAAUAAGCAGGAUGCCAGAACAAAGUAAUGACUAUAGAGUGGUUGUGUUUGGCGCAGCAGGUGUCGGUAAAAGUUCUUUGGUUCUUCGUUUUGUAAGGGGAACUUUCAGAGAAACAUAUAUCCCAACUGUUGAAGACACUUACCGCCAGGUGAUCAGCUGUGAUAAGAAUAUCUGCACCCUUCAGAUCACAGACACCACUGGAAGCCACCAAUUCCCCGCCAUGCAAAGACUCUCCCUAUCUAAAGGCCAUGCGUUCAUGUUGGUGUACUCAGUCACCAGCAGGCAGUCGCUGGAAGAACUGGAGCAGAUCUAUGAGCAGAUCUGUCAGAUCAAAGGAGAUAUCCAGAAGGUUCCUAUCAUGUUAGUCGGAAACAAGAGCGAUGAUACCCAGAGAGAGGUGGAUGCCAGUGAAGGUGAGGUCCUUGCCAGCAAAUGGAAGUGUUCCUUCAUGGAGACAUCGGCAAAAAUGAACUACAAUGUUCAGGAGCUUUUCCAAGAGCUCUUGAAUUUGGAAAAGAGAAGAAGUGUAAGUCUUCAGGUAGAUGGUAAGAAAUCCAAACAGCAGCGCAAGAAAGAUAAACUGAAAGGCAAGUGCUCAGUCAUGUGA